AUGCCCCUUUCUCAGAGCUGGGUUCCACUGGCUACUUGGAAGCCUGGAAACCGCAGCGAGAACUUUCUGCUGAUGGAGGACCCCGACCAGAAACUGACGCAGAAGAGCGACGACAAACCCAGGAAACUGACGCAGAAGAGCGACGACAAACCCAGGAAAGUACGCUUCAAAAUCUCCUCUUCCUACAGUGGCCGAGUGUUGAAGCAGGUCUUUGAGGAUGGGCAGGAAUUAGAGUCACCCAAAGAGGAAUACCCUCACAGUUUUCUGCAGGAGGCCCUUGAACCAAUGGAUGGUGUUCGUGGGUCAGGAGAGGUCCCCAAGCCCCAGCUGUACUCCCCUAAACUGACCGCUCAGAGGAUCAGUGUGUUCCGAGACAGCAGUGCCUAUGCUCUGGCGGGCAGCCAGCCUCUGUUCAAUGACUACAAGGCAAACGACCAUAAGCCUCUACCUAUUAUAGACUUUGGGAAGAUAAUCAUCUACACAAACAACCUGAAAAUCAUCCGAACCCCAAUGGACAAAAGGGACUUCAUGAGGAAAAUCCUCCAGAAGGAAGAGGUUGCUGAGGAAGAGGCUCUGAUGAGCACAGGAGAAAGCGAUGGAGACAGGGAGCAAAAUGCCAGCCCCCUGCUGGAGACCGAAGGCACGUUUCUCCAUAAUCAGCACACACAGGAUGGGUUGGUCCCUGAGGACAGCUGUCUCCACUGCCAGGGGUCCGGUAUCGCCACCUGUUCUCUGUGCCAUGGCAGCAAGUUCUCAAUGCUGGCUAACAGAUUCAAGGAGUCCUAUCGAGCUCUCAGGUGCCCAGCCUGCAACGAGAAUGGCCUGCAGCCUUGUCGAAUUUGCAGCACCUAGCCCUGCUUUUAUUGCGCUCUCAGAUGCUACUCCUAAUAAAGCAACUCUCUCCCUCCUGCUUCUCUCUGAAAGGGAGCUACUGCAGCAGCAAUCACUCCUACCACUAGCAAAUCUCAAGUUAUUUGAUGACAUUUUGUGAAGCUUGUGACAUCUCUACAUGGGUCUAAGUAACAGGGGCAUUUUUGAAUUAGAAUCUGCUUUGAAACUGGCUCUAAAAUUACCCCUCCAGGACCACGUGCAUGCAUCUCCCCUGAUUUAGCUCAGUCUUCCCCUUGCACCGGUGAACAAAUAAAUAAAUGUGCACUUCAGGCAGUAGGCUGAAGUCAUUUUCCAGGCUGGGAGUUAUUUUGCAAAAUUAUGUGGUGAGAAAGGAAUAAAGA